GACCCUUAUAAACCCAACAACAACAAGACUGAGGAAGCUGAUACAGCUGGUCAUUCUUGCAUCGGAAGCUGAGCAGUAGACAAACUGCUAACACUGUCAUCACACUGGAAGGUCAUUAGUACUGAAGAUACACUGCUAACUCUUAAUAUUUUAGAACUCAAGUACAUGGAAGAAAGAGUAACAAGUGUAAUCACCAACUUCACAAAGUAUACUACUUAAUCAGAAACACUUCAGUUUCAGUAUUUUAAAAUUUACCUCAAGACUCUGUACACUGCAAGUGCGUCCUUAUCCUGUGUGUUAUUUCACUCUGCUUAUCCUAAUUUUUAUUGAACACAUUUAUCACCUAUUACGGUACAGUUGUAUGUGUUCAUCAGAAGUAUUGGCAAGGCAGCAGCAGCAGCACCUAAUGUUAAAAUUAUCUGCAGUUUCAACCAUGAAAGAAAGUUUGUUCUAUUAAAUCAAAUUAUAAUUCAUACAAGAAUAAAUAUUUCUAUCAUUUAAAAGUUUUCUUGACUAUUUUGGAAGCAAAUAUGAGUGACGAUACAAAAAUGAAGCCUUAUGAGUGCAUUUUGUGCCUAAAAUCUUUUUCAUCCAGUUUUCACCUGAUGAGACACAAGAAUAUUCAUUCAGAAGAAAGACCUUAUCAAUGUUCUGAGUGUAAUAAAGAUUUUAAGGAAAAGGACAAACUAACAAAACACAUUAAAAUUCAUUUAGGAGACAAACCAUUUCAGUGUUCUCUGUGUCAAAAAGUAUUUGCAGAUAUGUAUCAUCUAAAGAGACAUCAGCCAGUUCACACAGGAGAGAAGCCUUAUCAGUGCUCAGAAUGUCUAAAAGACUUCAAAGAUAAAUGUUCGCUAAUGCAGCAUGAAAUAAGUCAUACAGGAGAAACACCGUUUCAGUGUCGUGUAUGCUUAAAAGGCUUUGUACAAAAUUCUCGACUGAUUUUGCACAUGAGAGACCACACAGGAGAGAAACCAUUUCAAUGUUCUGUGUGUCAAAAAGGUUUUAAACAAAGAGGCAACCUGACUAGACACUUCAAAGCUCACAGUGGGGAGAAGCCAUAUAAGUGUUCAGUGUGUUCAAAAGCCUUUUCAUUAAAAUCUGUUCUAGUAAAGCAUGAGAAACGUCAUGUAGAAUUUAAACCAUAUAGAUGUUCAGAGUGUCCGAAAUUUUUUAGAUCAAAAUCAAAUCUUGUAGAACAUAUGAAAAUUCACUUAGUUGAGAAAAUGCAUAAAUGCCCAAUCUGUUCAAAAAGCUUUUUACAAAAACAUUCCUUAACAAAGCACAUCAAAACUCAUAAUAAAAAAAAUAAAAGUAUUGAUGUAAAUAAACCAUAUCAGUGUUACAAGUGUUCAAAAUGCUUUUUGUGCAAAACUAGUUUGUUAUAUCAUAUGACACUUCACAGAGAAGAAAUAAAAUCUGUUAUUAUUCAGUGUCUUUCAGACUUCAGGAAGGAAUCAGUUGGUAAAAGUCGUGAUGACUGGCUCAUCAGGGGUACUGCAGUGUAAAUGAUCUUAUUUAUCUGAUGUGAGAGACACUUAAAACCAGGACAACAGUAGAAAAAAAGAAGAGAAGAAUCAAGUGUACUUAAGCAAAACUAAUUAUACAAUUUAAUUAGUUCUUGUUUGUUUUUUUCAAUUUUGCAGGCAGUCUAUGGUGUUCAUAUUUUUGAAAGUAUAUAUUUGUUAAUUGAACAACUUCUGUAUGUGUGCAGAUACAGCCCAGGUUUAUGUAUACGUCCAUCAAUGAAAUUUUUGUCAAAAUAUCCUUAUUUCCAUGUACAGUGGAACUUCAAAAAUUGAACUAAAUUCGUUCCAGGAGCUAGUUCUAAAUUCGAAAAGUCUGAAAUUCGAAGCAGUAUUUCCCAUAAGAAACAAUGGAAAUACAAUUAAUCCAUUCCAGAAACCCAAAAAUAUUCACACAAAAAAUACAUUUUAUAGAGAUUAAUUACAGUUUUACAUACAACAAAUACUAUAGUUUUUAAUUAUGUAUAGUAAUACAUAUAAAAUAACAUUUUUACUUACCUUUAUUGAAUAUUGGUGAUGGCAUCUGGAAGAUAGGGAGGAGGAGAGAGGGAGUUGGGGUUAGUGUAUGGAAGGAGAAUCCCCCUCCAUGAGGACUUCAGGUAUCAAAGCCCUCUCUGGGGUUACUUCCCUUCUGUCUUUUAAUGCCACUAGGACCAGCUUGAGAGUCACUGGACCCCUGUCUCACAAAAUAAAUGUCCACAGUCCUCUGUUUCUGGUGCCUCUUUAACAUUUCCCUAAAAUGGGACAUGGUUCUGUCACCGAACUUGUUGCAAAGAUGGCUUGUUUCAGCUUGCUCAGGGUGGUACUUCUGCACAAACAUUUGGACAUCAUUCCACUUGGCACAAAUCUCCUUAAUCUUUGAAGAAGGCACCUCAUCCACUCCCUCUUCCUCCUCCUUUGAACCAAGUUCCUCAGCUGUGGUCUGAUACUGCUCCAGAGGAAGCUCUUGCAGCUCUUCAGUGGUUAGCUCUUCCCUGUGGUCCUCCACCAACUCUUCCACAUCCUCACCACUCACCUCCAACCCCAGGGUGUUCCCUAAUGCCACAAUAGAGUCCACAACAUGCAGAGGGUGAGCUUUGUCAGGGUCAGGGUCAGCCUCAAACCCUUCAAAAUCCCUCUUUUGUACACAAUCUGGCCACAAUUGUCUCCAAGCAGAGUUCAAAGUCCUGGAAGUCACUCCCUCCCAAGCCUUACCUAUAAGGCUUAUGGAGUUGUAGAUGUUGAAGUGAUUCCUCCAGAACUCUCUUAGGGUCAACUUAGUGUCUGUGGUCACAUUAAAGCACUUUUCAAACACUGCUUUUGUGUAGAGUUUUUUGAAGUUAGAAAAGACCUGCUGGUCCAUGGGCUGGAGGAGAGGAUUGGUGUUAGGAGGCAAGAACUUCACUUUUAUAAAACUGAAGUCCUUAGACAAGAGAUCUAAUAAGUUUGGAGGAUGAGCAGGAGCAUCAUCCAUUAACACGAGGCACUUGAGUGGCAAUUUCUUUUCCUGGAGGUAUUUUUUCACACUGGGGCCAAACACUUCAUAGACCCACUCUUUGAAAAUUUGUCUUGUGACCCAUGCCUUAUGAUUAGCUUUCCACAAGACACAUAACUUGUUCUUAAAGACAUUGUUUUUCUUAAACACUCUGGGAUUUUCUGAAUGAUACACAAGUAAAG